CACUGCGCAGUGAUCGUUGUCGCACAGCGCUCGGUCGGUACAUUCGGUGGGCGGUGUGUUUGCAAACGUAUUUUUCAAUUUAACGGUUAUUUUCAUAACGUCUUGUUCCGCGACUGGUGCUCGUUGUCUGCCGUCGCCGAUAAACCCAUCCACGACUACGAUCAUUAGUUGUCGUACUACUGCAAUAAUUGGGACUUUGGGAGCCGACGAUCAUCAGACCGAACUCGCGCCGAUUUUUGUCAUUCGACGUGCGCGCAAACACGCACAUAACCUAUUCGCCGCCACCCCCGAGGCUGCCGUUUUACUGGUUCGCCUAAUCAAACAAAACUGUAUUAUUAUUAUUAUUAUUAUUAUUAUUUAAUAUUUACCAUCAUUACUAUCAUCAUCAACAACGUUGCAACGGCUAAAUCUUAUUACACAUACGUUUUGCGUUUCCAAGUAUCUUUGUUAACGUAUAUUUUCUGUCGUUCAACACGGUAGUCGAUACAGUAUUGUUAAUUUUUGGAGGUACUCGUUUAGUCAAGUCCGUGGUUGCCACUCGUCAGUCGUUCCGAUACCGAACGAAAAACAAUUACAAGUUGAUAUUCCAUUGUCAAUAGCCAAAAUGUCGUCUAGACCAAAAGAAGAAGAAGUCCGAAUUCCGGACGUGAUUUACGACAACAAGACCAACAAGAAAUAUCAAAAAGGCAAUUUUCUCGGAAAGGGAGGUUUUGCAAAAUGUUAUGAAAUUGUUGAUUUGAAAACCAAGGAAAUCUUUGCUGGGAAAAUUGUUUCUAAAAAAUAUUUAUUGAAACACAAUCAAAAAGAUAAAAUGACACAAGAAAUACAUAUUCACAAGAUGUUGAAACAUACAAAUAUUGUUACUUUUCAUAGUUUCUUUGAGGAUAAUGACUUUGUUUAUAUUGUUUUGGAACUUUGCCGAAAAAGAUCCAUGAUGGAGCUGCAUAAGAGAAGAAAAACUCUUACUGAACCGGAAACACGUUACUAUGUAUUUCAAAUUCUUGAAGGGACAUUAUAUUUACAUAAUCAGGGCAUUAUUCACCGUGAUCUGAAAUUAGGAAAUUUAUUUUUAAAUGAUGAAAUGGAAGUGAAAAUAGGAGAUUUGGGUUUAGCCGCUAGAAUUGAAUAUGACGGACAGCGUAAAAAAACACUAUGUGGUACUCCAAAUUAUAUUGCUCCAGAGAUUCUUAGCAAGACUGGUCAUAGUUUUGAAGUUGAUGUUUGGUCCAUAGGUUGUAUAAUGUACACACUAUUAGUUGGCAAACCACCAUUUGAAACAAACUCUCUGAAAGAAACAUAUGCCAGAAUUGCACGAUGUGAUUAUAGCUUACCACCCCAUUUAAAUAAGAAUGCCAGUUCAUUGAUAAAUAAAAUGCUUCAAUAUGAUCCUAAAAAACGUCCUUGUGUUUCUGAUAUAAUGAAAGCUGAUUUCUUUACUACUGGUUAUAUGCCUAAAAAAUUACCUGCAUCAUGUCUUACAAUGGCUCCUCGUUUUGAUUCUAUCAAUUACAGAGAAUCAAUUUCGAAUCGCAGACCACUCAAUGAACUCAACAGCCCCAAAGCUGCUAUCAUUAAAGUUGCUUCUAAACCUCAAGAUCCAGUUAAUAAAUUGCCAAUGUUUAAUAUUCCAAAUAAACCAACUACUGGAAAUGGAGUUUCAUCCAAUGAUUGUAAAGAAUAUAUGAUGUCCCUUGAGAGAGAAUUGGGAAAUUUAUUAAAAUGUAAACCAACUAUGAAAGGAUUAAAGAAUAUGGAGGAAAACACUGAUCCAGCCGCUCAACCUCUGAUUUGGGUUAGUAAAUGGGUGGACUAUUCUGAUAAAUAUGGAUUUGGAUAUGAAUUGUCUGAUGAUUGUGUUGGUGUUAUGUUCAAUGAUUUUACCAGAAUAGUACUUUUAGCCAAUCUAAAAGAUGUCCAUUACAUAGAAAGAAAUGGAUCAGAACAAUACCAUACAACUGAACAUACCCCACCAGCAUUAGAAAAAAAAAUGAAGUUAUUAAUGUACUUCAGGCGUUAUAUGAAUGAUCAUCUUAUUAAAGCAGGCGCUGAUAUAUUAGCAAAAGACGCUGACCAAUUGAGUCGUACCCCAUAUAUGUACCAGUGGUAUAGAUCUACUUCAUCAGUUAUUAUGCAGCUUACUAACGGCACUUUACAAAUCAACUUCACAGAUCAUACAAAAGUAAUAUUGUGUCCGUUAAUGAAUGCUGUAACCUUUAUUGAAAAUAAUGUUUUCCGCACAUACCGUUUUAAUACAAUUGCUGAACAUGGUUGUAGCCCUGAAUUAGGAAAAUGCUUGGAAUAUGCUCACAAAAAAAUUGGAUCAAUAUUAAAAGAUAGCCAAGUACAUUAAUACUUGAUAAUUGACGAGUAUAUUUGAUUUAUAGUUAUGAUAAUUAAUGAAAAACCAGUAUGUUAAAAGAGCUAUAUUUAAGAUUGUAAAUAGUUACUAUUAUUUUUUUUUAUUUUUCAAUAUUAAUAUUAAACUUUAAAUUAAAAUAGUUUCAUUUAUUAUUAUUUUUAUUAUUUCUAUUUGUGAUUUUUGUUAUUUAAAAAACUAUUAUUUCAUUAAAAUAUAGGAACUUAAGAUCUAAACAUUUAGUUACAUUUAAAGCACAUCCAAUUUUGUUUUUCCUUGGUUGCAUUAAAACAACAAUGUUAAAUAAGAUCUUAGUAUAAUUUAUUUAAUUUUUACUUAUUUUG